AUGGAGGCUAGCCAUCGUACACCCGAUGUACACUCUGGAGACGUCCAAUUGCACCCUGUAUUGGCAUGCCAUAGCAGCAGUAUUCGGAGCAUUCCAACUGAGGUUCUGAUGCACAUAUUCAUUCAAGCUUAUCGAAACCACGAAGGCAACCGUCAUCGCGCUACCCUGGCGACGCUCACCGUGCGGAAAGUAUGCAAAUUCUUUCGCGCGGCUGCCGAUGCGACACCGGAGCUUUGGUCCUACAUGGCCAGCCACUACGAUCUGGCAUUCGUGAAAACUGCACUCGAUCUUUCGCGAUGCCACUCUCUCACGGUGGAGUUUAGCGCUCGAGAUGUCUCUUUCCGGCAGUUUUCGGAGUGUAUCCUGCCGCACUUGCCCCGGUGCCGAUAUCUUACAUUCGAUGGAUAUCUAUUUUGCCGUGACUCUGGCAAGAUCUGGCCGGAUUUGUUUCGAUUUUCGGAGCCAAGUGUCACAAGGAGUCUGCCAAAGCUCGCGGGAAUAAUCCUCAAGUCCAGCGAACUCACUUGCACGUCCUCGGUCCUCCAAACCAUUGGCCUGACAGAGCUUAGGCUAGACGAAUGCUUCAUAGAGUGCGAUUUCUUGUCGCUCUUGCAGGCCUUUGGACAAUUGCCUGCUUUGACCACAUUGUGGCUCAGAGUUCGCCCCGUCAAUCGGCUCCGGCUUCCUCGGAACUGGGAUGUCUCUCAUGUACACACGCCCGUGCCACUCGUCUCUUUACAGAAGCUGUCUCUCUUGGCCUCAUUCAGGCAUAUAAUAUAUGCCACCACCCAUCUGGACAUACAAGACACCUGCAAUGUCAGUCUCACCGCCGAGCCCUGGGACAUUCAUCGCAACUCGGCGCCGAUCAUUUGCCAAUGGCUGGCAGCUGCGUUUUCUACGCGCUUGCGACGCAUGUUUCCGGACAACAAUCCGGAGUUGGGUCCCAAGGAGCUACGCAUUGCGUUCGAUGACAAGCGCCAACCUGUUGACAUGUCCAUGGAGCUUUCCCAAUCAACACGCGAUCAACCAGAGAGGAAGAGGUGUUUUUACUUGAACCUCAUGACCGGAUAUCAGGCUGAGGGCCCCGACAAGCUCCUAAGAGCCUUCCAAACCAUCAUCGCCUGGGACGCACUUCGUCACGUCAAAGCUUUCCGAGGCGAUAACUUCCCGUAUCCGAAACGCUGGCGCCUCUGGGAGUCCGCCACCCCGUUCCGCGUUCCAAAAGUCGUCCCGGAUGUCCCAGAUGUCCCAGAUGCCCCAGGCGGGUCGAGACAGUAUCCCUCGCCGCCACCCCCUCCUCCACCGCCCGCCGCUCUUGAACACGACGCGCCUUCUGUUCGCGAAGUUGCUCCACGCGGGCCGUGCUAA